UCUUGGUCAUCAUUAACUAUCAAUGAGUCUCGAGACAUGGCUGAGAACUUCAAACACUGUGUUGAUGUGGAGUUUGAAAAUAUUCCUGAGGAUGCUGGCUUCCAUCACACAUGCUACCGUAGAUUUACGGACAAAAAAAUCCAUCGCAAAGGUGGAAAGACGUCUCGUACGUGAGAGACAAGAAGUGACUGAAGACCACGAGGCCAUUCCAUCGACUUCUAGGGCCACGAGUCCAACAAAGAAACUGCGAUCCAGGUCAGGGCUGCCAAUCGCAGGCUCUGGCCCAGUUCUUCCUGCCCUGUGCAUAAUUUGCCAAAAAAAGGAGAAGUUCAUCAACCGAGCAGGCAAACGACAAAGGGAUCAUCUGUCAAAGGCUGUAACAUUAACAGCAGGCCAAUUGCAGAAAGCUGCAGAGUUGAAGGAUGACCAAAGUAUUCUUUUGCAUAUAAAAUACAAAGACUGUGGCUCUGGAGGUGCAGUACUACAAAGGCUGUUAUAAUCAGUACACCAGGUUUUUGACGAGGCCUGAAAAAACAGAGAAAGAACAAAUGAGCCCACGUUUGAUGUCAGCUAUAAGAUAUUCUGUGAGAGGAUCACUCGCCAAAGGCUGAUUGUCAACCAAGAGGUGCUGAGAAUGGUCCAGCUGAGGAAGGCCUUCAUUGAACUGGUGAAAGCAAAUGAAGGUCUUGAUGCUUCAAACUACAGACAGGAUAUGUUGAAGAAGAGGCUGACUCGUGAUUUCCCCCAGCUGGCGUUUCACAUGCCCUUGGUGCGCAACAUCUGCGAGCUGUUUUUUUACAGAGACCCUGUCAACCCGUACACUCGUGGACAAGAUACCUUACCCAUCAGGUGCGGAAACCACACAGUCUGAGUUGAGCCAGACAGACAGCGAGACUGAAAAAGGGACAACAGAGCACCAACAACACAAGAGGACACUGGAUAAUUUUGUAGACAUUGCUGAUGACUUGCACUUGAAAGUGUUGUCUGUUUGUCAGGACAUUGUAUACCUUGCUUCCAAGGGCCGUAAGCAGACACCUAAGUCCUUGACUUUAGGUUUGACUGUUCGACAUUUAACAGGAUCAUCACGCAUUGUGUCACUGCUUAAUAAACUGGGACAUUGUGCCCCACGAUGCACAGUUUUGAGUCUAGACACUAGCCUUGCCCAACUGACACUAGGAUAAGGUGGAGACAAAAUACCAAAGGGAUUCUCAAAGAGAGCACCCACAACACUUGUGUGUAAUAACAUUGACUUUGGGGAGGAGACUAUCAGGUCGUGGAACUACUCACCAUACCAAUGGAAUCAUGCUCCAGAGUUUGACCAUCGAGCCUAUGUCCACAGCAAUCAGACAGCCACUAAGGAAGGGAGUUUCCUCAUUCAAAGCCCCCCCCCAAAAUGCCUAUAGAACCGUACCAUCCGUCCAAAAGGCAAGGGCCACAGAACUUGGGUCAACAAGUGCAGGCAGCAACAUGCAGAAUGGACACCCACUUUGCUGCACAAGCUGAAUUGUUAUAUGUCUUUGUGAAGUCCACAGAUACGGAUAGAUGUGCAAUCCCAAGCUGGACAGGUUUCCAUACACUGCUUCAAGGUGAAAAUACUCUGCAGAAGUCAGUAUUGUAUUAUCUUCCAGUAAUUGAGGCCUCUCACACAGAGAUGUCAACAGUGAACACUAUCCUGAAGCGAAGUGUCCAGAUGGCUGAUCAGCUAGAACUGGAUCAUAUAGUUUUAGUGUUUGACCCGGCUAUAUAUGCCAAGGCACAGCAAAUACGCUGGAAGAACGAUGACUUUACACAACGUUUAGUGAUUAGAUUAGGCAAAUUCCACACAUGCAUGUCCUACCUGAGUAUUUUAGGCAAAAGGUUUGGAGAUGCAGGACUGCAAGACAUCCUCAUUGAAUCAGAAGUUGUUGCCCCAGGAUCCAUCAAUGGGGUAAUAAAUGGUCAUCACUACAAUCGCAGCAUGAGGGCUCAUAAACUUCUCUAUGAGAGUCUACAGCGCAUCAGGUUCAUCAGCUUCUUGGACUCCUUGCCACCACAAGAGAGAGCUGUGUGCAUGAAUGUCAUCAGUGACAUGAAAUGUGUCUUUCCAGACGGAUUGAUGGAUGUUUUGAGUGCAGAUGAGAGGUUUGAUGGUAUAAGUUCCAAAUAUGCUGACUUUGUGCAGAGGAAAAGUACAGAGAAUGCAACAUUUGCUUUCUGGAGCUCAUACAUUGACAUGAUGCAGUUCCUGUUUGUGAGAGCAACGCGAGAGUCAAACUGGCAACUUCACCUGUCAACAGUCCGAUUAAUGAUGCCAUGGUUUUUUGCAAAAGGUGGUUGGACAGGGAUCACACAAAAUCGGUCGGCUGUGUAUCGCUGGAUACUGUCACGGCAUGAAAGAGCCGCUAUAGCAAGACAGUGUGAAUCAAUGGCUGGGAUAUCACCUGAGCUGAGGACUCGAAAAGACCUUGACAACACACGCAUCGAUGCUGAUGAAAAUGCUGUGAGCAGAAUCAUUUCCACCAUUGAUUCCAUGCUCAACCCUUUUGAUGUGUACCAAGACGGCAUUGUGUGUCUUAGCUCUGGAAGACCAGCAACAGCAGACAUCAUGAAUGAUUUGCUUGUUGCCUCAGAAAAGGGUGAAAAUGCCGUAAAAGAAUUUAUGGACCAGAGACUGUUAUCGAAUGCAGUUGACAUAUUUGCCCCCAUAAAAUCACAAAAACUCAAGACCUUCAAUGAUCAGGUUAAGCCAAAAAAAAUCUGCAGCAGGCAAGGAAGUGAUUUGGCGUGAUGACAAAAAGUUGUUUUCCAGGCUCCUCAUCCUUGGUCAGAGCAGAAAAAUUGAAAUGAGGGAGAUUCUGUCAUAUUCCUUGGGAACUGUGUCCUAUCCAUUAGCAAGUGCUGAUGGUUUACUUGCCAAAACAAAGAAAUCAGCUCUCAUGGACCUAUUAGAGAAAAAAGGUGGAGACUGCUUGGUUGACCAAGUUCCAGUGGAUGGUGCCAUUGUUUUUGAUGGCAUGGCAGUCAUGCAGGCCAUGCGAUCCAGACCAGAUACAUUUGGAGAGCUUGCAGAGACCAUACUGCAGAACAUACUCCAACUCGCUUUGCAGCACAAGUGUACACGCAUUGACUUUGUCACUGACCAGUAUCCACUCAUCAGUAUCAAAAACAUAGAACGGUCACGUAGAGCUGAUGCAGGGUCACAACGCAUGCAAAUCUUUGGCCCAGAAUCAGAAGACCCCAACCCAAUGGAAAAAGUUUCUCUCAGAAGGAACAAAUAAGGAAGCAAUUGCCGAAUUCUUGUAUGUUGCAUGGAAAAAUGCAGACCUUACAGCAGUGGGCAAACACCUCUGCUUGUGCAUGGCACAUACAAAUCAAUGUCACUGUGUGACUGUUAAGGAGGGUGUACAGUCUGUUCGUGUUGUUGAAGACCUGCAGUGUGAUCAUGAAGAAUGUGACACAACGGUGUUUUUACAUGCACAACAUGCUGCACGGGAGCAUAAAGCUGUCAUUAUCAAGAGAUCUGACACUGAUGUGGCAGUCAUUGCUGUAAAUGUGCAGACAGAUUUGCCAUGCAGUUUAUAUGUUUUCACAGGGACUGGCAACAGGACACGUAUCAUUGACAUUGCCAAGGUGUCAUCAGCUCUCGGAACCAGUGUGUGUUCAGCCUUGAUCGGAAUUCACACAUUCUCUGUGUGUGACUCCACAAAUGCAACAGACAUUUUCUGUUGCAUGUAAGAAAGGUGAGUACCUAAAGGCUUUUAAAAGUUUAGGUACUAACUAACUUGGAGCAGUCAACAUUUCCACUUCUUUGCCAGUAUGUAUGCCACUUAUAUGAUCAGCCAGCUGCCGAUAACGUAAAUGAAGCUAGGUACAAGGCUUUCUGUAUGGCAUCAUCAGCCUUGGCAGAAUUAUGCAUUCCUCUUACAACUGAUGCCCUCCAUCAGCACUGCAAAAGGGCAAACUACCAGGCUGCAAUUAUGAGGUCCUGUCUCAAACAAAACAUAAAUGCUCCAUCACCUGCUGGAUAUGGUGGGCAAAUAGAGGGUGGGACCUUGCACAUCACCUGGAUGACCAGAAAUCCGGCCCCUGACAGUGUUUUGAAUGUGAUACACUGCGGCUGCAAAGGUGCCUGUGAGACAGGCAGAUGUUCCUGUUUUUCUGCAGGAUUGUGUUGCACAGACUUAUGUCGUUGCUGUAAUUUUGCCAACACAAAAAAAACUGAGGAACUGGAAGAUAACGGUCCUGACACUGACAGUGAGGACUGAGUGUCCUUAAUCUGUUUUUUCUUAUUUAGUUUUGUACAGUUUUACAUAUCAUAUUUCAUAUUUUUCAUAAAGAUUGUUUUAUGGUUCAUCAGUGUUGUUUUCAUUUGUGGAAGAGUGAAUGAAUGAAUGAAUGAACGAACAAACAAAUGGUCAUUGGUAUAAGUACAAUUACUACCUUUUAUUGAUACAAGGAAGGUUUAUUUGUCACAUACAUAGAAAUACUUACGUAAAGCAUGUAGUGAAAUUUCGUUUGCUGUUAAGCUUUUUCUGUGCGAGUGUGAAGAAAGAAAGAUCAAGAAAUAUUAGUCAUAAAUAGCAAAAGGAAGUAUAAAGUGCAGUGUGUGUACAGUCCAUGUGCAAGUGUGAAAAAAAGUGUAAUUGCUGUUUAUAUAGUCAUUGUGUGUGUUCAGGAUACGGAAUGCUUGAGGAAAGAAGCUCCUCCUCAGUCGCUCUGAUCUGGUCUUGUAGCAGCAGAAACGUUUGCCUGACCUCAGUGUUUUGAAAAGUCCAUGGUUAGGAUGUUAGGAGUCCUUUACAAUACUUUGAGCCCUGGUACGUAGUCUUCUCUUGUAGGUCUCCUGCAGAAUAGGGAGAGGUGCUCUGAUGAUGGCACUGCAGUCACGGGCUGUACAGUUCCCAUACCAAGUGAUGAUGCUGUCAGGACACACAGCCGAUGGGUGCUGAUGCUUUGAACUUCCUCAGCUGACGUAGGAAGUACAGUCUUUGCCUUGAUUUCAGUGUGCUGGGUGUUCACAGUCCAUGUUAGAUUGUCAGUAAGGUGUAUUCCCAGGUAUGUCAAUCUCUACUUUGAGAACUAAUCAAUGGGUAUUUAAUUAUAUGAACAAACAAUAACACUGGGUGGGUGCCAUCAAGAGGUGUCUAAAAUUGAAUGUCUGUAUAUAAUAGGAGUUACCAGUAUUUUCAUUUAAAUUAAUGUUAACAAAAGAAUUUGCCUGAGCUUGAUUGUGUGCAUGACUGUUUAGAUAUCCAGUGAAUGCACAAAAGCUGCUGGAUUAAAGUAUUAACCUUAUUCUGUAUUGUUUCAUGAUCAGCCAACAGACAGUACCUUCAUGAUGGAGGUUAUGUAAAAGGAAAAAUGACUUUCUUGAAAUUAUAUUUAUUUCCUUUUGACUAUAUCUGUUGUGCUUGUGAAGAAGCGACCACCCAAACGCAAGGGAACAUAGUGUUUUAAUGAACACAAACAGAAGAAUACAGGCAUUUGGCUGGCAACGGUGAAUCCCAGUGAGCAGAGAACGAGGUCCAGGCCGAGGGAGAGCACACCAGACAGCAGGCAGCUCAUGAAAAACAGGAGGCUGGAUAAAGCAGAGGUUAGUAACGGGACAAUAAUAGUUCAGCACGAACCGACAGGACACAACAAGGCAGGCGAUACAGGACAGCAAGCUCAGGUACGUCGGGUGCACAGGUAAUGCUCUGGCGGAGAAUGAGGAAGAGGGAGGCUAGAAAUAGAGUCUAAUUAGAGGAAGCAGGAACAGGUGAGGGGAAGAGAGGAUGAUGAUAUGAGAGAAUGGGAAGCAGCUGGGACUAAAUGAGCAGGUGUAAUUAAGUGUGUGUGUGUGUGUGUGUGUGUGUGUGUGUGUGUGUGUGUGUGUGUGUGAAGGGUGGGGGUGCGAGUGUGUGUAAAUUACAAGAAAGGGGUGGAAAGGAAAAAGAGGAAGGUACCCGGUUUAUGACAAUAUCAUGCUAUAAACUGUUUUUCUGUUUUUUAUUGUUUACUAGGGAGACAAAAAUGUAUUUCUUAAAAAGUAUUUUAUUAAAGAAUCACUAGAUUCAUCUAUAUGGUGUUUUUUCACCUCCAUUGUUAUUACUGUGCAUGAAUGCAAUGCAUAAAUCAAGUUCUGAUGUUUUGUGAAUGCGCUGAAUGAUAUCUGCCAUCAAGUGUUGCGUUUGAGCAGAUAAGUCCGUAAAAAAAUUUAGUUUUGUUUUAAGCCUAGUACUCUUGACAAAAAUAUAUAAUAUUACUAGUGGGUGAAAUAAAAUCAUCUCUGCUUUGUUUUUUAAUGCAGAAAUAAAUGUGUUCAAAAUCAUCUCUGUAAUUGUGUCUUGGUUUUGUACUGCAACGAUUUGAACAUUUCUUACCACUACUUAGCUUUCUCGAUCACUUCCUGAUGUGUCUUCAACACUGAGAAAAAAAUUUGGUCUUUGAAUAAACUGCUACCACAUUCUGUGAUUACACUUGCAUCAAUAUUUACAUUUUGCAUUCCUUCGGAGGGCGCUGCAGGAAAGUGGUUAUCGUAACCAAGGCAACGAGUUCCCUUAGACUAUAUUAGCUUAGCUGAACUUAAACGGGAAGCUAUUGCAUCACUUAUCUGCGUUUUAUGACUAAACCAAUUACAACGAACUCUUAAGGACAGAGUACAGGAUAGUAUUGUCACAUAUUGUCAAAAUAUGAAAAGAAAACGGCAACAGUCGAGGCAUCAUUGCCGCAAAGUGGAGGCAAGUUGUGGCAGCUGCCACGACAGUGCCGUGAACGAA